AACAUAUGUGAAGUUAGCUGCCAGACCGUGUUAAUUACAUAGCACAAAAAAAAAAAUAAUAGGGAAUAAUCGUAAUUUUCAUACCAUAAGAUUGUUUACUAUCAAGGAAAUCAUUACUUUGAACAGCUCGUGUCCUCUAUGUUGUGCAAUAUCUGUAAAUUAAUUUGUAAACUGACACGAGAAAUAGUGUGUUUUUAUUACAAGUCGUAAAGUUACACUAUGUGAUUCAUCCAACAGUGUAAAAUAACCUCGAUAUGAAAUUUGACAUUUGACCAUAUAUUUAACGGAACAACAAUUAACCAACUGUUUCUUACAAAAAAAAAAAAAAAGGGAGGAAAAUAAUCUAAAUCAGUUUUAAUUAAUUCUUAGAUUUAACAUUAUCAAUUCAAGAUGAAGAAAAAGGUUCUUCUAAUGGGUAAAAGUGGUUCAGGAAAGACCAGCAUGCGCAGCAUCAUUUUUGCUAAUUAUAUUGCCCGUGAUACACGUCGUCUGGGAGCAACAAUUGAUGUGGAACACAGUCAUGUCCGAUUUCUUGGCAAUUUGGUAUUAAAUCUGUGGGAUUGCGGUGGUCAAGAAGCAUUUAUGGAAAAUUACUUUGCAUCACAACGUGACAACAUAUUUAGGAAUGUAGAGGUUCUGAUCUAUGUUUUUGAUGUAGAAUCCAGAGAAUUAGAUAAAGAUAUGCAUUAUUAUCAAAGUUGUUUAGAGGCAAUACUGCAAAAUAGUCCGGAAGCAAAAAUAUUCUGCUUAGUACAUAAGAUGGAUCUAGUACAAGAGGAUCAGCGAGAUUUGAUAUUUAGGGAAAGAGAAGAAGAUCUGAAAAGACUUAGCUUGCCACUUGAGUGUACUUGUUUUAGAACUAGUAUAUGGGAUGAAACAUUAUAUAGGGCGUGGUCUUCAAUUGUUUAUAUGUUAAUUCCAAAUGUGAAAGAACUUGAACAAAGUUUGAAACAGUUUACCAAUAUCAUUGAUGCUGAUGAAGUACUCUUAUUUGAAAGAGCAACGUUUUUAGUGAUUAGUUAUUGUCAAAGACAACAUCACAGAGAUAUACAUCGAUUUGAGAAAGUUUCUAAUAUAAUUAAACAGUUCAAAUUAAGCUGCAGCAAAUUGGCAGCACAAUUUCAGAGUAUGGAAGUUAGAAAUACGAAUUUUGCAGCUUUUAUCGAUGUAUUUACAUCAAAUACAUAUGUAAUGGUUAUCAUGUCGGAUCCUGCUAUCCCAUCAGCAGCAACAUUGAUCAACAUUCGUAAUGCGCGAAAACAUUUUGAAAAACUAGAGCGUGCUAGUCAAAGUUCAGCGUUAAGUAGAUAGAAAUCAGCUCGACCCAGGCGCGUCGUCACCCGGGUCCAGGCUGUUAAUCACUAUUAAAUCUAAGAGUCACUUUAAAACAGAAUCAUCAUAAUGAAGGUGCAUAAAAACUUUCCUUUUUUAUUAAUUAAAAUAAAUCAAUAAUUUUGCCAAUGAAUAAAUAAUUUUAACAUAUAUAAUGUGUAAUAAAAUCAUUAUUAAUAGUAGUGUAAUUUUCAAAGAACCAGUUUGUUUAUCAGCAAAAAGUUUAAAUUAAUCGUAAUUUGUUUUAUACAAAAUUUGAAAGAAUACUAAAUUUGCUGAGCAUGUAUGUGUUAAUAAAUGAAUAUAAUAAAUAAAUACCUGUUAGUACGAAAUUGUGCGCUAUUAAUAUCAUAUUAAGCGAACAUAUUUUGUUGUUCGCUUACAGUAAAAACUCUCUUGGCUCUUAGAUAAUACAUGGUUUUCUGGGUUAAGAUUUUCCCUGGCUCCAUGAUAUUGUGUAUUUUAUUUCUGUAUAGCAAUCAUUCUCUCUCUGGCCUGUUAUAAAGAUAUAUAUUUUUUUAAAUUACAUUUACUUAAUAUAAUAAUGUACAUAUACUUAUUAUACUAAUCAUGCUGCUGCAACAAUGAAACUAACUGUAAUUGUAUCUUUCAAUUUAGAUAACGAUAGUGUUAAAUUGUACGUUAUAUUUUGUAUAAAAUUUUGAUUGGUACCUUUUCACAUACACAUGCGAAAGAAGACAACAGAUACUGAACUUGUAUAAGUUUACUUACAGCUGUAUUUACGAAGAAAUAAAAAAAACAUGGAAUGCUGUAAA